GUAUAUCGAAGAAGAGAUCGGCGAUCGUAACUUCUAACUGGAAAAACUGUAGACGAGAAACAGAGAGACUUAGGUGACCGUCAUGAAAGGCAGUCUGCUUCUCAUCUCUCUUGUUCUUCUACCACUCUGUGCUUUUACAACUACGAGGGCUGAAGUUAUAACCCUAACGGCGGAUACCUUCUCCGACAAGGUGAAGGAGAAGGAUAUUGUGUGGUUUGUGCAAUUCUGUGUUCCAUGGUGUAAACAUUGUAAGAACUUGGGUUCACUGUGGGAGGACCUAGGAAGAGUGAUGGAAGGGGAUGAUGAAAUAGAGAUAGGACACGUUGACUGCUCUACAAGCAAACCUGUGUGUACCAAAGUUGACAUCCAUUCGUAUCCUACAUUCAAGGUCUUUUAUGAUGGAGAAGAAGUAGCAAAAUAUCAGGGCCCUAGGGAUGUUGAGUCUCUCAAAACAUUUGUGUUAGAAGAAGCAGAGAAAGCAGCAGCAAAAGCACAGCUUGAUAAUGAUGAAGAGUUGUGAUGAUAUGCAUUCCUGGUGGACCCAAAGAGUGCCUGCAAUCCAGUAUUGCAAUUGCAGAUUGACUACUUUAAUCUGGAUGCACGAGAGGAGGGACCAGACUGAACUCGACCAGUUUGUAAGCAACAUACUGUUAGAGAGGGGUUAUGUUCCAGCACCAGCAGAGAGUUCAAUGCUCAUCUUUAAAUGUUACUUGUAUUUUUUUGACUCGCGGACUGACUCAUCGAGUCUAUUUUUUGUGCUUGCCCAGUUUUCUUGUAGUAGCACCUGGUAUUUUCUGAAAUUUCUGUUUUUAAGCUUGCCCAUUUUAAUACAUAUCUGUAGAAACUAGCUCCAUUUCAAGAUUUAA